GUGAGUCAGAGGAAAAGGAAAUGAUUGUAAAUCCAUUCAGAACUUCAGGAUUCUCGUUUCAACAGGAAAAAGAGCGUUUUAUUCCCGUCGUCCUGUGGCACAUCCUCUUUCAGGGACGCUUCUUUGGGUUUCACCUGAAUCUGAGGUGCUUCUGCUCGCUUUAUUAAAUUGCAUCAGAAAACACGCGGGUUUGCUAGAAUAUCUAAAACCCCGGAGGACUGGAAACCUGGAAAUGAAGAGAGAUUUUACGUUUUUCUGUCGGAUUUGGAUUGGGAUUCCCUUCUUCUCAGGUCUGGUGACUGGGUUUUCUAUGAGUCCACCCACCCUUGACAACACUAAAGACCAGCUCGUGAUUAACGCUAACGACACAUUGACCAUUACAUGCAGGGGACAGCGUAUUCUGGACUGGAGCUGGCCUGAAGUGUCUUUGAGUAAAGUGGAGUUUACUGAUCGCCAGGAUCAGCAGUCACCCGUUGACACCCCGGGCCACAGAGCAGUCAGGGUGAAGGAGUGUCAAGGGGAGCCUGGGAAACCCUACUGCAAGACCUUAAUACUGACCAACACCCAGGCCAAUGACUCGGGGUACUACCGCUGCUUCUACCAGGACAUCAAAUACAUCAUCGAUGGGACCACAGCAGUCAGCAUUUUUGUCUUUGUGCGAGACCCUCAACAUCCAUUCAUCAAGAGAAAUGAGAACGGCAUGGAGGCAAUCUUCAUAACGGAUUCUCAAACACACAUUGAAGUGCCAUGCCUGGUUUCAGAUCCUGACCUGAAAGUCACUCUCUUUUUGUUAGAGCAGGCUCCAUUGCUUCUAGAAGGCAAUGAGAUCACCUGGAAUAAUAAAAGGGGCUGGUCGGUUCCCAGACACAUCUUUGAGAACAGUUCCAUCCUCUUCGGCUUCUUCUGCUCCACCUUAGUGCACAACAACGAGCACAGAUCAUCUAUAUAUAUUCUGCAGGCCAUAGGACUGAAGUUUUACAAGCUCAAGCUGUUUCCUGAGGACUCGCCCGUGGAGCUCAUGCAGGGGGAGGGUCUGGAGCUCAACUGCACAGCGCUGGUCGAGUUCAAAACUGGUGUGGAAUUCCAAUGGGACUACCCAGGCCAGAAGGAGAACAGGCUGGCGAGUUUUCAAUCUGUGCGUAACAUCCUGGACAAAGCCACGGAAGCCUCUAGUAUCCUCACAAUCCGAAACGUUCGCGUGGAUGAUAGCGGUUACUACACCUGCUCUGCCAGUAGUGUGGAGGUGAAACGAGAGCUUACUACUGUAGUCUUAGUUCACGAGAAACCUUUCAUCAUCUUGGACUUCAGGAAUGGAUCAGUUAUAGAGGCAAAAGAAGGACAAAAAUCUGUCUGGCUGCCUGUGAAAGUGUCAGCGUACCCCUUGCCAGAAACACAAUGGUAUAAGAAUGGCAAACUGAUCACCAGACGGCCAGAGUUCAGCCGGUUUAGGGUCCAGCAGCAUGCUUUGGAGAUCAGGGAGGUGUGUAAGCAGGAUGCUGGAGAAUACACUCUGGUCCUGAAAAACACACGUGCAGCUCUGGAGAAAAGACUAAACUUUACUCUCAUAGUCAAUGUUCCUCCUCAGAUCCAUGAGAAGGAGGCAGCAACACCUACUAACCCCUACAAGAGGAGCAGUCGACAGAUGCUCACCUGCACCGCCACCGGGACCCCUCCAGCCACCAUCACCUGGCAGUGGAGACCGUGGAGCCCCUGCGGUCUCAAAAGCACACGCAGAACCCUGGGUCGAAGGGGUCAACGAGACAAGAUUCCUAUCUGUCAAAACUGGAUAGGUUUGGAUCCUGAACAUGCUGUCAAUCCUAUCGAGAGUAUUGAAAUUUUGACUGAGAUGGUGGAUGGGAAAGAAAAGACUGUCAGCCGUUUGGUGAUUCAGAGUGCCAAUGUGUCAGCUAUGUACAAGUGCUCGGCAGAGAACAAAGUGGGAAGAGAUGAACGAUUGAUCUAUUUCUACGUGACCACUAUCCCAGAAGGUUUCGGGAUAGAGAUGGAGCCCUCGGAGGAUCCGCUUGAGCAGGACCUGGUACUGUUGAAGUGUAAUGCAGAUAAUUACACCUAUGAGAACCUGCGGUGGUACCGUCUGGACCCGCAAGCUGUUCCUCCAGAGCUGGACUGCAAGAGUCUGCACCAGUACACCGAGUCUCUGGGGGGGAAGCUAUCGUUCCAGACCACCAGCAACAACUGGGUGCUGGAGCUCACCAUUACCAACAUCCAGCUACAGGACGAGGGAAACUACGUGUGUGAGGUGCAGAACCGGCGCAGUGGAGAGAAACAUUGCCACCGCAAGUACAUCCCAGUCAAAGCACUGGAGGCACCACGAUACCGUAACAACCCCACCAAUCAGACGGUGAAUGUGAGCGAGUCGCUGCAGAUGGAGUGUGAUGUUGAGGGCACACCCUCUCCCCAGCUAUCCUGGUUUAAAGAUAACCAACCCCUCCAUCAGAUAUCAGGGAUCCUCCUGCAGGACUCCAAUCGGACUCUCAGCAUUCAGCGAGUGCGAGAGGAAGACGCCGGUCUGUACACCUGCACAGCCUGCAACCAGAGGGGCUGUGUUCAGUCCUCUGCCACUGUGUCAGUCAUCGGUUCUGAUGACAAGACCAAUGUAGAAAUAGUGAUUCUCAUCGGGACGGGAGUCAUCGCCAUCUUUUUCUGGGUCCUUCUCCUUGUUAUCUUCUGCAACGUCAAGCGAGUGAACCCAGCAGAUAUCAAGACAGGCUAUCUGUCAAUCAUCAUGGACCCGGGGGAAGUGCCGCUUGAGGAGCAGUGUGAAUACCUGCCCUACGACUCCAGCCAGUGGGAGAUAACCCGAGACAGACUGCGCCUCGGGAAGGUGCUUGGGCAUGGAGCUUUCGGGAAGGUGAUCGAAGCUUCAUUCUUUGGGCAUGACAAGAAAACCUGUUCAAACACAGUGGCUGUCAAGAUGUUGAAAGUGGAUGAUCUUUGGAAGACUCCACUCACAAUAGAGGAUCUGAUAUGCUACAGCUUUCAGGUUGCUCGAGGGAUGGAGUUUCUGGGAUCUCGUAAGUGCAUUCAUCGCGACCUGGCGGCCCGCAACAUCCUCCUGUCCGAGAACAAUGUAGUGAAGAUCUGUGACUUUGGUUUAGCACGGGACAUCUACAAAGACCCUGACUACGUGCGCAAAGGCAAUGCUAGACUGCCGCUGAAGUGGAUGGCUCCAGAGAGCAUCUUUGAUAAGGUUUACACCAGUCAGAGUGAUGUAUGGUCAUUUGGAGUACUGCUCUGGGAGAUUUUCUCACUAGGAGCAUCUCCAUACCCCAGCAUCCAGAUUGACGAAGACUUCUGCAAACGACUUAAAGACGGUACCAGGAUGAGGGCACCAGACAAUGCGUCCCCUGAAAUAUAUGGCAUCAUGCUGGCCUGCUGGCAGGGCGAGCCCAGGGAGAGACCCACGUUUCCAGCUCUGGUGGAGACACUUGGAGAUCUACUUCAGGAAAACAGUCUACCCGAAAUCCCGUUCAAUGUGUCUCAGAGCUCAGAGGAUGAUGGCUUCUCACAAGCUUCCUCUAGACAACCAUCACAAGAGGAGAUCAGACUCGCCUGCAACACAAUGUCCACUCGAUAUUACAACUGCGUGCCUUUCACUGGCUGCAUCAUGGUCGGACCCUCCAGCACGUGCCACUCACGAGUGAAGACCUUUGAGGAACUUCCUCUGGAAAUGACAUCACACAAGACACAUCAGGACAGCCAGACAGACAGUGGGAUGGUUUUGGCAUCAGAUGAGCUCGAGAGGUUUGAACACAAGCACAGAGGGGCCAUGUUGAAAAAUCCAUCGGAGGGCCACAGCACAGAACACCUUAUCAGUUCUCCGUCCAUGAGCAGCAGCAGCACACUGCGCCCACCCUUCUUCAGCCAACUCUCGGGCCAAACCUUCUACAACAACGAGUACGGCCAGCUGUCGGAGGAGGGCGUCAGUGACUUCUUCUCCUUGUCGGAUCAGGCCAUAUACCAGGGAGCCUGCCCGGCAACCUCCAACCUGUAACAGCACUGAUUGGCCAAUCGUAACCAGGCCCCGCCCCCUCACAACUAACUGAGCUGAAGUCUAGCUUUGUAAAGUUCUCUUAGCAGCCACUGGGUGGCACCAUUAUGUCCAUUUGAAACAAAAAAAGUAUUUUAUCGCCUUAGUUACAUAUAUCUUUAUAUAAAGAGUAAACUUCUUUUUAUUUGUACAAAAAAAGAGAAAAGAACCAGGAUGGAGGAAAAAAAUUAA